AUGGGGAGCAUUGACCCAAGCACACCCCAAGGCGGGCUUCAUGUUCUUAUUGCUGGCGCUGGUAUAGGAGGCCUGGCCGCCGCCAUCGCUCUCCGCCAACAAGGUCAUCGUGUAGAGUUGUUUGAGCGCUCCCGGUUUGCAAAUGAAAUCGGCGCAGCCAUCCACCUUACUCCCAAUGCCAAUGCGGCAUUGCUCAGAUUGGGGAUUGAUGGCAUCAAGUUUGGAGCCGUCGAAGCAGAACAGUUACGUAUCCAUACCCCCAGUGGAGAGCCCCUGGCGAUUAUCAACAACAAAGCUCACGCAGGGAAAUGGAGACACAAAUGGACUCUAGUCCAUCGAGCCCAUCUUCACGAUGCUCUGAAAGUCGCUGCUCAAGCUUCCGGGCCUGGUAUUCCAGCCCAACUGCACACAUCGAGCAGGAUUGUAGACAUCGACCCUGAGAAGGCAAUUGUGACUCUCGAAAACGGUGACACUUUCAAAGGCGACGUCGUCGUUGGAGCUGAUGGCGUCCAUUCCCUUGCUAGGUCGAAAUUGCCUGGUGGCAGUGGUAUCAAAACAUUUAGCUCGGGCAAGAAUGCUUUCCGCUUCCUUUUGAAGCGCAAAGACGGCCAGGAAGACCCCGAAACGCACUCUUUGGCCAUGGAGUACAGUUCGGUGGACAUGUGGGAUUCUUCCGAAAAGCGUGUGGUCAUCUAUCCCUGCGCUAAUAACGAAAUCCUCAACUUCGUCUGCAUCCAUCCUGAUACCAUGAGCGCCAUCAACACAUCUUCGGACUGGAACCAAGACGCUAGCAAGGAGGCGCUCCUCGAGGUGUUCAAGGAGUUCAACCCUCAGGUCCUCAAGAUGCUGACCAAGGCCGAUCCUCAAACCCUGAAGGUGUGGCCUCUGUUAGAUAUGGAAACGUUGCCAACCUGGGUUAAUGAGCGGCUGGCCAUCAUCGGGGAUGCAGCCCACCCAUUCCUGCCAUAUCGCGCAUCCGGGGGCGCUAUGGCCAUUGAGGAUGGUGUUUCGCUGGCUGUCAUGCUGUCUCAGGAUGUUACCCCCGAAGAGGUGCCAGAAAGGUUGAAGCUGUACGAGAAAGCUCGUCACACCCGAGCUACUACUGUCCAGCAGAUGACACGAGAAUCUGCCCAGCCACAACCGUUCGAGCAAAUGGAAGCCAUGACGGAUUAUAUCUACGGCCAUGACGAAUUUGACCACUCGACCCAGGUCCUGCGAAAGCACCUCUGGAACCAGCUUCCGGCGAAAUACUGGCGCCAACCCAUAGUCUUCGGCCCCAUGCCAGGCCCUAGGCAAGAUUGGUGGGGGAGGAAUCGCGUCCAGAAGUCACUCAAGUCAACCUUCCGAACCGCAUCCAUUCGAUUCAAGACCAGUCGAACGCUUCUACAGAACCUGCUGCCCAAUGAAAGAUAUUCCUUCACCGAUCCAAGCACCGUGGCUUAUGCCAACUUCUCGCAAACGAGGCUGCAUGGAAUGGAUUGGCUUGGCGGCGGCGGAUAUCGCCAUCUAGGCCUCUACAUCGAAGGAGUGCAGUAUCAGAAAUCGGACGGCGAAGUAGUCAAGGGACUCUACUUGCCCAUUCUCUUCGAGAGCCUGACUGAUCCUAUUGUGAGUGGCCGUGAAGAGCUCGGCAUGCCCAAGCUGUACACAGCCAUCGAGGCCCAUGAGCGUUACAAUUCUUAUCACCUGACGACCAGUUGGGAGGGCGCCGUGUGGGGUCAUUUCCAUCUCGAGGACCUGGAGGAACAGGACCCCAGCACUAAUCCUCCUCCGAACGUUGGCAAGGGCGAUCUGAUCUAUCGCUACAUGCCACAAGUCGGACGUGCGCAUAAGGGACAACCCGAGGCCGAGUAUCCCGUGCUUGUGCCACAGGAGGAGGAGCAGAAGAAUAUCCCAUCGAGGAUAACCCGGCUACGGACGACCAAGAACGCGCGGUUUGAGAUUGAUGCACUCAGUUGGGAAUCGCUGCCAACACUGCAUCACGUCAUUUCUCGGCUGGCAGAGAUUCCUGUGGACGAGAUCGUUUCUGCCAAGGUAGUGGAAGGCGAGGGAGUGCAAGAUGUGUCGUGUGCGAGACGCAUUGAGUGA